AUGUCUAGGUGGAGUCACGAGAUUGCAUCUUAUGACUGCAAGAUCGUUUAUAAGCAGGAGGCCAUACAUGCCGUCCCUGACUUGUUAUCACACGCCGUUGCGGCAAUCGACCUCGCCAAUGUCGACCCGGUGUCCUUCAAGGACGUACAAUUAGAGGAUCCAGCUCUCAUCACCCAUUAUGUCACCUUGUUUGGUCCUCCUCAGACUCUGAUCAGUGAUAAUGGAGGAGAAUUCAUGGGCGAAUAUUUCCAUGAGGUAUGUAAUCUUACGGGAAUCAAGACUAGGUACACAACACCAUACAACCCCUAUAAUGAUGGUUUAGUCAAACACUGCAAUCAUGUUAUUAAGGACUGUCUGUUAAGCCUGCGAGAGAAUGAUCAUCGAAGUUGGAGUAGCAGAGUUGAAUAUGUAAGAUUAGCAAUUAAUUCCACCUUUUAUCGAAGUGUUUGUAACCAACCUCUCUACCUUCUCAUAGGAGUUGAAUGCACCUUUCCUAAUGGCAUGACGAAUCACCAGACACGUGCAGGUCACAUUAGGGAUCGUCAGUUAGACCUCAUUGCUGCCAGGGAUGCUGUGGUCACUGAUACUCAAAGGAUGAGGGAAGAUAACAUGGAAGCAGUUGCCCAUAAGACGAAAGCCACCCCUGAGCUUAGCGUUGGUUCUUUAGUUAUCAGGAAACGACAAGCACCAGGUAAAUCAUGUGAUCUGGCUUCCAGAUGGAUUAGCCCUUUGUGCAUCAUAAAGAAAGUAGGUUCAGUGUCAGUUGGUAACUCCUGA